UCGACUUUCCCUCAGUCCGCUAACACCCGCAGCAGCAGUGCAACCAUUGUGCUCCCAAAAGAGGAUCCCACACAAUCACCGACUCCGCGACGCAGUGGAGCCGUAUCAUCGCCACGAACUGUUAAUCACUUAAUUUGAACAGGACUCCUUGUUACACGGAAGAAAUACACAGAGAAAUAUUUACCAACUCACAGACGGGUCAAUUUCGAAAGUUUCCAGCAAUUUAUUUAUUCCUCGUUGUAGUUGAGACUUGGAGGCGAGCUUUUUAUUGAGUCCAACAAGCAGCACUAGCAGUGUUCAGUGCUUAUCGGGUGUACAGUACACGCAGUGGAGGAGACUCACCUGUGUGGCAGAAAAUUUUACAACCCUUCUCCGCCCAGGAUUACGUGAAAACAGACGCAUCCGUCCAGCCUUUCCUGCAAAUUAAUUUCACCCGAUGGAGAUUCGGUGCUGCGACAGGCAAGCUAGCCCAUGAGAUUAAGGUGAAGGAUUUAUCCGACGUUGGUGGCCGAACAACAAGUAUUUAUGCCUUGCCUUGCCCACGCUCGACAGAGUGCUUUACUUUCUCUGCCACGACACGGCUUUCAACUGUUGACACAUGUCACGAAAUAGUGACAACCCGUCCGACUUUUUGAAAUCUCCAUAAAUCAUCCUUCCAUUUUAGGACACAUUUCAAUGUUUUUCGCCCUUGAAUUGUAUUUGAUCUGGUCUGCUUCUCAUUUCUCACAGGAGCGUAGAACUGUAAAAACUGUAAAAAAUCGAUGAACGAGCUGAAAUCAAUCUGCAAUCAUUUGGUUUUCUCCGAUGAGUCCUUGCUAAUAAUGACCCAUUGUUAUAUACCCAUACGUAUACUUUAUUGUGUUAAAGAUGCCAUUUAUUAUCAUUAUUCUCAUUUCCACAAUCUCAAUCGGUUGAAUCCGCAUUGAAUUUGAUUCCAAUGGAUCUGGGUCUUGAAUAUGAGACGUUAAUUUAUAUGCAAGAAAAGAGUAUUGAAAUGCUUGAUUAACGAUCUUGAUCAAACUCCGUGAUCAAUUGAUCAUGCAUGAGAUUUUGCACCGUUCAGGACGUAUACGUCAAUUCAUCGAUGAGAAAUUAGCAGGAAAUGUUUACGAAUAAAAAAAUACAAGGAGGAAAAUUUUUAUUAUAGUUAUACAAUUUUUUCAUGUGGUUAAUGAAUACGAGGUGAGCUAACCAGAUGAAAAUUGAGCGUCAGCAAAAACUAUUGAUCUAAUUCUAGGUAGAAAGAGGAUGACAGAUAUCAGAUAUUUAUUAGUUUAAAAAAUGUAAGAAUAAAUGUGUUAACACAAAAUGUGUCUCAUUGUGCUUUGGCAGGAUUUGCAAAGGAAUUUGUGCAUUGAAGGAUACGCAAGAUAAAUAAGAUUUCUAGUCUUAAGUCUUCGCCAUUCUGUGGACAGCAAUGAUGGGAGAUUACGAGCGAAUACGACUUGUGACCUUGGGGGGACCUGCCGUCGGAAAAAGUGCUAUUGUCAAACGCUUCCUUUUCAACACAUUUUCAGAAAAAUACAAGCCGACAGUGGAGGACUUGUACAACCAAGAGUAUGACUUUGGAUCAGUCACCUUGAAAGUGGACAUCCUGGACACUGCUGGAGACCUUCAGUUUCCUGCCAUGCGAAGACUGUCCAUUGCUACAGCUCAUGCCUUCCUAAUCACCUACUCCGUGGACAACAGAGCGACGUUCGAGCUGGUGAAAGGAUUAUUUGAGGAGAUUCGUGAACAAAGGGCAGAUUUUGAAGAUAUUCCCAUCGUCGUAACUGGAAACAAGAUUGACGUGGGACUACUCAACCGUAACGUCCAGCACGAUGAAGUUUGCGACUGGCUCGAAUGCUCGUGGCCAUCCCUCAAAGUGAAAGUCGUUGACUGCUCAGCGAAGGAGGACAUCAACAUCCGCGACGUGUUUCGAAGCUUUCUCCCACUCUCCAAGCUGGCCGUUGAGACGGAGGAGAAUGUGAGCGGCUUGAAGAGAAGGUCCAGCGCGUCCAGUGCUCAUGCCAAAUCGCCAGUAGCUCCUCGAUCCCCUGGACCAGCUUCUGCAAGUAAUACGUUUUUUGGGUCGUCCUCAUCUCCACCUCAGUCCGCCACACCUCCGUCGAGCAACAGCCGUGGAGGGACGCCCACGAAAAACCCGGCGAGUCCAUCGUACCAGCAAUUUCUAACGGAAGAAUGCGCACUGUCCAAUCGACAGAAGCCAAGAAGUCGAAGCUUAAUGAGGAGGUCAAGCAAAAAAGUGAAGCAACAAGUUCGCGACGUUUCGGGUGGACCAGGAGAUUGUCAAAUGUCAUAGUUCCAGUUUGACCUCGAAUUCGGCUCGUAUACUAGAAUUAAAUAUAUAUGUUCUGUAAACAAGAGCCAGGAAAUUGUAUUGGACUGUUUAAGAAUUACUUAUUUACACAGGUUCACACAAUAUCAAUCAGUCAGGGAAGGUCACCUAGCUCGACAUUCGGGAAAUUGAACUAGUGGUAGCACGUAGUCACUCACAAUUCACAAUGGGUCGUGAAAUAAAUAAAAACUUGAAGCAUGUUUAACACAUAGAAUUCACUUGUGGUGUGGACAAUAGAUUAUGGAAGGAAACUGUUUCUGGAUUAUCAAUAUAUUUUCACUGGUCUCUCUCUCUGCUGGGCGGUUUGGUGUGGUGAACUUAUAAAGUACAUGUCAAUAUUUUAAUAUAUGUAUUAUUUAUAUGUAUAAAAUGCAGAUUAUGGUAAAAACACGACUCAUUACUUACAUGAAAUAUAUUGCAUAAAAUAUAUUAGUCACGUUGGAUAUCUUACUAUCUAAGAAAACCGUUCUUACACUUAUUUACUUGCUGUCAAAACCAUCUUAACAAUUUAAAAAUAAAUUGCACACUCUAUUUGCUUGCUAAUUUAUCUUAUUCAUAUAAUAAAUAGUUUGCAUAAGUGUAUUUAAUCCCUAAUGUGUGUACACUUUAUAUAUUCGCAUGCAAAUUAUUCUACUUCAAAACACUUAAGGCGCAGCUGGAAUGUAGGGACCUAACAAAUAAAAUUUGUAUGUAUAUACAAAGCGCAGCUUAUUAAAGUAAAUGUUAACAAUAAGACCUGAUCGAGACAUGAGGAUCAAUUGUCAAUUGGCAUCUUUUACCAUUUGUUAAUUAUACAUUUUAUUACUAAAUAAAUGCGUAGCUCAUGUAAAAGGUGUCUAAAUUAAUGUGUUGAAAAUAAAUUAAGGUGUUGGUCAUAA